CGGUAUUGUCAUUACUGUCGAUAGUUGAUUUUCUGAUAAAGAGAUAAAACACUUUCCUUAAUCCCUUAUCACAACACACUAACAUAAACAUAACAUUCAAACUUUAAACGAUUCAUUCGGUCAAUAACGAGCUUUUAAGCGUUUUGUCAACGAUAUUAUGUCGGGUUACGAUUCUCGCAGUGACGGUCCUGGAUUUGUAGGCAUUCGAUUUUGUCAAGAAUGGUAACAUUUUUUCACUACUAGUUCUUAUGAUAAUUCAAUUUUAGACAUUUAAAAAUUAUAAUUAUUAUGUACCGUACACCAUUACCACGCAUUCGAAGUAUUGCAAAAUUCUGGCUAUCACCUUUUAAAAAAAUUAAGAACUUGCCAUUGCUCUUAGUUUGAAAUUAUGAAUGUAUGAUAUCACAUGCCAUUUUUACGGAUUUAUGUAGUCAAAAAUAGUUUGUAAUACUACACAUUCACUAGCUGAUAAUUUGCAAACUGUUAUAAUUUUUACACCAUAUUAUAAAUAUAACCCAUUAGCCUAUAUAUAUACCUAAAUAAUUUAUAAAAUAAUAGAAAUACAAAUUAUUAAUUUAUUCUAUUUUACAUAUUUUACUCUAGUAAUAACAUGUUGUACCCAAAAGAAGACAAAGAACAUAAAGUUCUGUUAUAUGCUGUAAGUAAAUUAAUAUCCUAUUUAAAUGUACAGGUACUUUAUUAAUUGUAUUAUUUUAUUUUUAGUGUCGUAAUUGUGAUCACAGACAAAUGGCAGAUAGCAAUUGCAUUUAUGUUAACAAAAUUAUGCACGAAAUUAAGUAAUUGAGAUUUUGGUUUUAUUAGUUUUCUUUUCAAACGUAUUAACUGUGUUUUUAUUUGUUUAGUGAACUUACUCAUAUUGUUUCUGAUGUGACAUCUGAUCCGACAUUACCUAGGUCUGAAGAUCAUCCGUGUCCAAAAUGUAAACAUCGUGAAUCGGUAUUUUUCCAAGCUCAAACUAGACGUGCUGAAGUAAAUUUUAUUGUAAAUGAGUGUAUAUUACUUAAUUUAAAUUGUUUUUAUAUUAUUUUCAGGAGGAAAUGAGAUUGUAUUAUGUGUGCACCAAUCCACAUUGUAUACAUCGUUGGACUGAAUCAUCCAUUUAAUACAAUGUACCAUACUUUUAUUAAUUUGUAUAUUAAAAUUGUAAUAACAAUAAAUAAACAAAACUGAAAUCAACUAAUUUCUUACAUUAAACAUUUUUGAGUUGCAUAAUGAAUUUCUUGUUUAAUUUAACUAGAAUAAAAAAAAA